UAAUCCGAAGUGAAUUUUCUGAUUCUUCUUCCUCAGAGCCUCCAAAGACACAUGUGACCCGCCACCCCAGCUCUGACCUCGGGGUCACCUUGAGGUGCUGGGCCCUGGGCUUCUACCCUAAGGAGAUCUCCCUGACCUGGCAGCGGGAGGGCCAGGACCAGAGCCAGGACAUGGAGCUGGUGGAGACCUCAGGGGAUGGGACCUUCCAGAAGUGGGCGGCCCUGGUGGUGCCUCCUGGAGAGGAGCAGAGCUACACCUGCCAUGUGCAGCACGAGGGCCUGCGGGAGCCCCUCACCCUGAGAUGGGGUGUCAUUGUUGGCCUGGUUCUCGUCGCUGGAGCCGUGGUGGCUGGAGUUGUGAUCUGGUGGAAGAAGCACUCAGGUAGGGAAGGGAACAGGGAUCUGAGUCUCCUUGUCUCAGUGGGGGUUUCAAGCCCAGGUGGAAGUUGACCUGCCUUAUUCCUG